GCCUUCUCUUUUGCCUAAUACAACUCAUCAUCCUCUUGGGCUAUUUCGUCCUAUUCAACCAUCUCUGAACCUCCAUAUCCGCCUCCUUGACUUUACCAACUUCCGAUAAUCCCUUAUUCACCAUGUCUAUCGUCCUCGACCCCCCAGACCUUGGCUUUAAACGCCCCUUCGACCGCGAAGUAUGCCAGAUCCUACACCUCAAUAAUCACAACCCAGAGUCGGUUGUCUUCAAGGUCAAGACCACUGCCCCUAAACACUACUGUGUGCGACCAAACUCGGGACGGAUAGAACCUGGAAAAAAUGUGGAAGUUCAGGUUCUACUACAGGCUAUGAAAGAGCAGCCUGCGCCUGAUGCCAAGUGCAAGGACAAGUUCCUUGUUCAGACUGUGGCGGUCACCAAGGAUAUGGAAUUUGCCAACGUCACCUCUAUUUUCGAAAAAGCCACCAAAGCGUCAAUCCAGGAGCGCAAGAUUCGUGUGAAUUGGCUUCCCGCUGAGGAGGUUGCAGUUGUCAUUGAGGAUGAUCCGAAUAGCAGCACGAACGUCCCAGAGGAUGAACCCCCCGCCUACCCGUCUCCCCGUGCAAAUUACGAGACACCCGCCGCUCCGGCUUCUGCGAAAGGCCCCAGUGAAACGUCACCUCUUCCUCCCCCAGAUUUCAGCGAGACCGUCAAGCGAGAAUUCUCCACGCCGCAAGUGAGUGAAAGUAAGGUCGCACCCGCAAAGUCUCCAACAGCAGGCAGCGCAGUCUCGAAUGUGGAAUACGAAUCUCGUUUAUCGGAUGCCAAUGCUCAGAUUCAACGCUUAAAAGAGAAGCUUGCCGAUCAGGGUCUAAGACAGAGGAAGAUCGGGGGCGAUGCUGAAAAGUCGCCGGUUGCACUUUUACAACAGCAGGCCCAGCAGGCUGAGGCUGGUGUGCCUGUAAAGAUGGUGGCCGGUCUAUGCCUGCUAAGUUUCCUUAUUGCCUAUUUCUUUUUCUAGUCCAAUUUCUUUUUUUUUCCCCCUCUUAUUCUUUUUCUCGCGUUUCCUUUUAUAUUACCCCAUAUUGCAGACCAACUGUAUUCAAUUCUGACCGAACUGCCUGUUUCCUAUGUUUGCACUCCUGCCGUGUCUUUUCAUCCCUCCUGAUUAUAUUCUUUACGGCCGUUCCCAUUGAACUUCCGUGUCCCCAGCGUUAUAUUCCUCUCCUUCUCUCAGUCUUACGAUAUGAU